AUGAAUCUUUCAUCCUCAGCCUUAUCAUCAUCUUCAGUUCUUCCACUGUCAAACAAACGGCUAUCAUUAUCAUCAAGGCCAGCGAGGGUUUCUGUGAUUUCAUGUUCUUCUAAUUCAAGUACCACCAUGAAAAUUGGCGGCAAAACCAGCUGCAACUUCUACAAGCUUCUUUCUCUGAGCUCCGAGGCGGCAACCAUGACCGAGAUCAAGCAGGCUUACAAGUCCAUGGCGCUCCGGUACCACCCCGACGUGUGCCGGGACGCCGCCGCAAAGGAGGAGUGGACGAGGGUGUUCGUUCAGCUCAAUGCUGCGUAUGAGACGCUGUCGAACCCACAGCUCCGUGAAGAGUAUGACUACAAGGUUCUAGGAUUGAGGAGGGCGGCGGCGGCGGCGGCGGCGAGUCUUGAGAUCAGUGAUGAAAUCAGGUUGAGAAAGAGUCGGUGUGAGGGACAGAAGAGACGGUCUAACAAAAGUUCCUUGAGAACUCAGAGAAUGAAACAUCGCAAUUGA